AUGGCCUGGUUCAGGGACACAGCGCUGAGUCUUGAAAAGUUGAAAACCAUCACACUGGACUCAGAGCUCAUAUCUGAACAACUCUAUGAGCAAAAGAUUUUGGCUGUAGAGAUUCUCCAACACCGGUUUAACAUUGAAAAGAUGGUUAAGAUUGCUGAGAUCUUGCUAACAUACGGUGAUGAUGGAGUUACAGGAGAUCUACAGACGCCAGUGGAGGCUCUGCAGGAACAAUGCAACACCACCUCAGCCACCAAUGCCCACGUGGUUCUACAGCUUGAACAUGCUCAGUCGCUUCUCCUGCAGUUCUCAGAGGGUCUCGCUGAGGUGUCGCCAUGGCUACAAGAAACUCAAACCCUCAUUGGCCAGCUCUCUCUGAGAACCAUUAGCUAUGAAGCAUUCCGCGAACAACAGGACCUCUUACAGGGUCUGAGGGAGUCCAUAGCAGAGCAUAAACCCCUGAUAGCACGGUUGUGCUCUCUGGGCAAACGUCUGUCAGAACUAAACCCAGCUCAGGGUGGUGAGUUCUGUCACAAGGCUACAGAGGCUGAGGGACAACACACAGCCAUCAGAGAAAAGGUCAGAGAGGCUGCCAGUCUGCUGGAGGAGUCCCUUCCACGCUAUACACAGCUGAAUGAGAGGAUGACGCUUAUCAGAGAGUGUCUGGAACGACUACGUAGCCGCAUGCAGUGUUUGACCUCACUCCAAGGCCUGACACCCAGAAUCCAGGAACAGCUACAGGACAACAAGCACACUCUGGCUGAGCUCUCCAAGCUGGAGCUGGGCCUCAGCAGUGUCAAGGCACAGGCAGAUGAGCUACUGGCUAACACCCAGGCUGCUGGCAAUGGUUCCAUUGGCAAAGUCAUCCAAGAGCAGGUUUCCACCCUCUCCCAACUGUGGGAUCACACCCAUACUCAGGCCCAAGAGAGGGACCAGUGGCUGCUCAAACUUCUGGAUCUCGCCGUCAAGUUCUGGAGUGAUGUUAGUGAUCUUACGACUGCACUCAAUGAUGCUCAGCAGGCGGUUCUGGACCUCAAUGCCAGCCGGACUGACUCUGAGACCAUCCGCCAGAGUCUGGAAACCAUGCAGACUCUCAGGGAGGACAUUGACGGUCUGCAGGGAGACCUGGACACACUUGGCAUUCUGGGUAUGGAUUUAAUGUCAGAGUGUGGGGAUGCAGACAAACCGGAUGCCACCAAGAGCCUAGAUGAGGGUCUUUUUGAGUGGUUGAAGUCAGCAGAGCUGAGCUCUACUGAGGAGUUUUUGGUAGGAACUGACCUGGAAUCAGUCAGAGAGCAGUUGUGUGAUCUCAAGGAGUUUAAGCGUGAGCUCUAUCAGAAGAAGAUAGAGAUGGAGAGCCUGAACCAUCACUUUGUGUGCCGGCUGUCCCCAGGCUCUGAGCGUCCAGGCUCAGUCUCACCCCUGUGUGACUUCAGACAGCGCUGGGACAGCCUCGAAUCUGAGACCGUCAACAGACAGCAUCAGCUGGAGUGUGCACUGCUGGGUCUAGGUCAGUUCCAAAAUACGCUGGAUGAGUUGCACACUUGGCUCUCACGUACCGCUGACCAACUUAAGGGGAGCCAGCCGAUGAGUAUUGACCUGCAGGUCUGUGAAAUAGAGCUGGCCAAACACAAGGUCCUGCGUAAUGAUGUCAUGUCCCAUGUGCGCACAAUGGAGUCUCUGAAUCUAGCUGGCAGAGGGCUGCUGGAGGUUGGGACUGGGGACAGCCCCCAUGGCCUGCAAGCUCGACUGGAGCAACUGAACGAACGCUGGGAGUUUGUCCGAUGCGAGACAGAACGCAGACAGCUCGAGCUGGAGAACAACCUUAGUCAGGUUCAAGAUGUUAUGAUGGAGAUCCAGGAUCUUCUGCAGUGGCUGGAGAACACGGAUCUGAGACUGUCCUCCACUAAAACAAUGUUGGGGAUGCCUGACUCAGCUAAUGAGAGGCUUAAUGCGCAUCUGGAAGUUUGUAAUGAGAUGGACUCAAAGCUUCAUGCCUACACAGAUGUGAAGAAUGCCAUCUACAGGAUGCUAGAGAGCAGGAAUGUUUCUCGGGGGUCCAGCGCUGAGCACAGCCUGUAUAUUCUGGAGCAGAAAUGGGCGUCUGUUUACAGCAAAGUCCAGGAACGCAAGGCUAAGUUUAUAGAAGGAUUAAGUCUGGCCAAAGAGUUCCACAGCAAUGUCCAGGAACUUCUUACUAAGAUGGCCAAGUGUGAAGAGUCCACUGGGCUUCUGCCUGGUCCGAGCUUUGUUCUGGAUACAACACUGGUGAAUGAGGUGAACUGUUAUGGGGAGAAGAAGACCAUGGUGGAAAAUGCAGGCUCCAGGUUGGCAGAACUGAGCAGAAAGGAAGACUACGAUGUGAUACAGAACCUGAUUAUGACUGUUCAGGACCGCCACAAAAAGCUACAACAGCGCACUGCAGAAAGAGGCAGGAUACUUGAGGAGGUCAAAAAGAAUGCCAAACAGUUUUAUGAAUCAUGGCGCCUGCUAGUGGACUGGAUGAGUGAGGUAGAACAGACAUUGGACACGCAUAAAGAGAUUGCUAUAUCACAUGAGGAAAUCAAAGAGCAACUUACUGAACAGAAGGAGUUCCAGAAACUGCUGAGGUCUAAGAGGCCCAUGUAUGAGGCCACCUUGAAGAACGGUCGCAGCCUCCAUGAGAAAGCUCGAACCAGCCAAGACAGACAGCACCUGGAAAACCUUCUGGCAGAGCUCAAAGAUACAUGGGAUACAAUCGGUGGAAAGUCUAUGGAGAAGCAACAUAAAUUGGAGGAGGCCUUGCUGUUCUCAGGCAGGUUUACCGAUGCUCUCCAGGCAUUGAAUGACUGGCUAUAUAGAGCAGAGCCACAACUGGCUGAGGAUUUACCUGUUGGUGGGGAUAAAGACAUCGUCAACAAUCUGAUAGACAAGCACAAGGCAUUCCAAAAGGAGCUGGGUAAGCGAGCUGGGUGCAUUAGGACCUUAAAGCGAUCAGUAAAGGACCUGACCAGGAGCAGCACAGCCAAUGCCCACUGGUUACAGGAACAGAUGGAUGAGCUGGAGGUUCGCUGGGAGGCUGUUUGUAAACUGUCAGUCACCAAGCAGGAUAGGCUGGAGGUUGCUCUUCAGCAGGCUGAAAAGUUUGAUGACCUUGUCCAUUCGUUCAUGGAGCGCUUGACAGUCGUAGAGAGAGUACUGAAAUACGGGGUUGUACCUGAAGAGGAGGAAGGUUUGCUUGCCUUCCGCAAACACCAUGAGGAGUCGAUAUGUGCCUUGCAUUCUCAGGAGAUGGAGCUUGAGAACAUCAGGUGUCUGGGUGAGGACAUCUUGUCCUCUUGUCACCCUGACUCCAUAAUCACCCUCAAAUCUUGGAUCGGUGUCACCAAGACCCGCUACGAGGAGGUUCACACAUGGGCUCAGCAGCAGGGUGAGAGAAUCCAAACCAGCUUGGCAGUGCUAGAGGCAGAGAGAGAAGAAGUACAGAGACUGUUGGACUGGAUUUCCUCAGCAGAGGAGGCCCUCAAUCUCAGAGACCAAGAGCCGCUCCCUGAGGUCAUGGAGCAGAACCUGGAGCUGAUAGCACAGCACAUGGUGUUCAUGGGAGAGUUGAACAGAAAGCUGCCCGAGGUGGAAAAUGCCACAAAAUCUUGCAAACACAAGAGUGUCCCCAAACAAGUUUCUCCCAGCAAAAGGCCACUUGCAAAGAGAAGGAGCACACUGAAGCUCCAGCCGGCUGCACCCAUCCCUUUGGAGCACCUUGACCCCCAGACCCCGCAGCUCAGUCAGCUGAUGGAUGAGUUUGCAAACUUUGACUUCAGUGUUUGGCGUAAGCGUUAUAUACAGUGGAUAAGCCACCUGAAGUCUCGGAUCUUAGACGUGUUCCGCAGUAUCGACCGGGACCAGGAUGGCCGUAUCAGCCAGAAGGAGUUCAUCGAUAAUGUCCUCGCAUCCAAAUUUCCCACCAAUGCUUUGGAGAUGAAUGCAGUGGCAAAUAUCUUUGACAUGAAUGCAGAUGGCUUCAUUGACUACUAUGAGUUUGUGAGUGCACUCCACCCUAGCAGAGAUCCUUACAGGAAAACACUAGAUGCAGACCAAAUCAGUGAAGAGCUCAGUCGGCAGGUAUCCCAGUGUAACUGUCCCAAGAGGUUUCAGGUGGAGCAAAUAAGUGCCAACAGAUACAGGUUUGGGGAUUCCCAGCAGCUUCGCAUGGUUCGGAUCCUGCGUAGUACCUUGAUGGUGAGGGUUGGAGGAGGAUGGACUGCUCUGGAUGAGUUUCUGGUUAAGAAUGACCCCUGUAGAGUGAAGGGCCGGACCAACCUGAAGAUCAAGGAGAAGUACUUGUCUCCUGGAGGAGGUUCCUCUAAGGGCUUGACUGUCAGCAGAUCCAACUCCAGCCUCAGUCUCUACAGCAGUGCCUCAGCUCCCAGCAGCCCUCUAACACGCAAGAAGAAGCUGAGAGAUUGCCCACGUGAUCCCCUCCGCCCCGAGCACCACGUGUAUACUGCAGUGGUGAACACGGACAAAGCCUGA